ACCAUAAGGAAAAAACAAUUCGAGGUUGGUUGUGCAAUUGCAACAAAAUGAAAAAAUCCAAGGAAUUAAACCACAUUCCAGAUCCUUUAAAUAACUUGGAAUUUAGGGGGUUUAAUGUGGGUUUUCGUUGGCGAAUCUGGCAACCCGGAGCCCUCGAUGACGCGCAAUGUCAACAGCCGCUGCCCCGCAGGAGUCUCAUGUGCAGCUAACGUCGGGCUAGCGCCUCCCCUGCUCAGUGCGGUCUAUGAAUCCUGGAGGCUGUUUUAAUGAAAACCACCCCAGCCAAAAGUGACAGUGAAAAGCCAUUAACCACCCGCCGUCGCCCAGCCGUCCAGAUCCACCACUAUCACAACCAGUACCCCCACCAGUACCACCACCCAGCCUUCUGCUUAGCCCUUAUUACAACCCCUUAAUAACCACCUGCCCUAUGGACCGCAGAGUCUCUGCUCUAUCCACCAAAAGCUGCCAUGGGACACAUGAUGAAUGACAAGCUGGUCUUCCUGGGCCUGCUGUACUUUGUUCAGGGCAUCCCCUAUGGGCUCCAAUCGUCUCUGCUCCCGGUCUACCUGCGGGGGGCCGGCCACUCCCUGACCCGCAUCGGCUUCACCAAGAUCCUCUACUUCCCCUGGGUGCUGAAGGUCCUCUGGGCGCCCCUGAUAGACCGCAUCGGCUCUAAGCGGCGCUGGCUGGUCGGCACGGUCUCCGGGCUGGCGCUGACCUGCCUCUCCAGCGCCCUGCUGGCCCCGGAGUCCCACAUCUGGGCGGUGGCGGGGACGCUGCUGGUCAUGAACGCCCUGGCGUCGGUGCAGGACAUCGCGGUGGACGGGGCGGCGGUGGGCCUCCUGAAGAGCCGCGGCGAGCUGGGGCUGGGGAACACGGCCCAGGUGGUGGGCUACAAGGCCGGCUCGGUGUUCGCCGGCGGCGGACUGCUGGCCGUGAUCGACGUGGCCGGCUGGAGCUGGAUGUUCCUGCUGCUGACGUUCGUGUACGCCGGUGUCGCCCUGUUCGUGUGGGGAGCGCCCGUGCUGGACGAGGACUCGCUGAGGUGCCAGCAGCAGACUGACGGGGGCCGGAGAGGAGGGAGCCAGGGGGCAGACAUCGUCAGGCCCUGGAGGGUGUGGAGGAAGAUGCUGGCAGUGCCCGGCACCCCCUGGACGGUGUUGUAUGUGCUGACGUAUAAACUUGGUGAGUGACGUUUCAGAACCAAACACGCAUUGAAUAUGAGUACAUAUGAAAAUGAUGCAGUAUUACAAGUGUAAAUUAGAGAAUUUUAAUGUUGAUUCCUAACAAUUUGGUGAUUUACGUAUGCUUCGAGGCUAGCUCAAAUUACAGUAUUACAUUUGUUUUAAGGACCUGGGACAUGGAAAAAAUGCUUACCCUUCGUUUUUGUAGCGAAAGCAUUGCAGUUCAACCUCUCACCUCUAGAUGUCUCUGUUGGCUUAUCCAUUAAGACUGGAAAGCGCAACUCAUUCCAUCGAUCAUCCCAAUUCCAGCGACGCGGCAACUUGAAUAUAAAUAAGAUAAAAAAACACGCACAGCUCACCUUAAAAUAAUUCUGUAGUAACCCUCGUUAGUUUUCUUAAAUCAACUGUUCACUUUUUCGCAUUGUUUAUCAGGAAAAAAAAAGUAUUGGCUUAGGGUGGUUGUCUUUUCGUUUUACUCGACAGCACGCGUAAAGGUAGAUAGCGCGAGUAAACUUGAGGGGGCGAUUGAUGAAGAAAGGGAUAUAGUUGAUAUGGCCAGAGUUUGGUAUUUGUUAGCAGAAGGGGAUUAGGAUUAGAGCGUCUUUGUGGCAUUCAG